UAGCCAUAGCCAGACUCUCCGCUCCGCUCGCCUCGCCCGUGGCUGCUGCUUGCUAUUCCCUUCCCUUCCACUCCCCGGCCGGCCGCCCACCAGAAUCAAAUCCGGCGUCCGUCCAUCCAUCCAUCCCGAAGUAUGGCAGGAAGAAGAAGCAUGGACGACAGAGAAGCUCGGAAGCAUAACCAAUUGGCCCAGAAAAUCGGCAAGAUCCUCGACGAGACUCGAACCUCCUCUGCCACCCACAACCGCAAACUCAAGGACCUCUCCUCCCUCCUCUCUCAGUCUCAACCCCAUUUCUUUUCCGCCUUCACCAAAACCCUGGCUCCUCUCUUCGACUUCCAGCGCCGUGCCCCUGCUUCCGAGCGCGUGGUCCACUUCCUUGCCGCCUUCUGCCGCUCCUGCGCCUCCGGAGCUCCCUCUCAUGGCACUUCCUUCUUAAUUAACUUCCUCCACUUCCUUCUUGCUGCCGCUGCAGCUGCUAGCAAGACUGCCAGGUUCCGCGCCUGUCAGAUCAUAUCUGAGAUCAUACUGAGGCUGCCAGAUGAUGCCGACGUUGGUAAUGAGCAGUGGGACGAAGUCAUAGAGACUCUGAUGCAUAGAGUGAAGGACAAGGUCCCUGUAAUAAGGAUAUAUGCAAUCAGGGCUCUUUCACGCUUUGUAAAUGGAUCUGAAAACAGUGACAUCCUCGAUCUAUUCCUUGAAGCACUUUCUCUGGAGCAAAAUGUGGAGGUUCGUAAGACACUUCUGUUAUCUUUGCCUCCGUCAAGUGCAACUUCACGAGUCAUAAUUGAUUGCACUUUGGAUGAGAGCGAGUCAGUACGCAAAGCAACCUACUGUGUCCUAGCUAAUAAAUUUCCUCUACAGAGCCUCAGCAUCAAGCUUAGAACAUUAAUUCUCCAGAGGGGCCUCGCUGACCGCUCCGAUGCUGUAGUAAAGGAAUGCCUCAAGUUAUUGAAGGAUGAGUGGCUUGUCAAUUGCUGCAAGGGAGACACUGUGGAGCUUCUCAAGUAUCUUGAUGUUGAAACUUAUGAGUUGGUGGGGGAGUCUGUGAUGCUAGCCCUGUUGAAAGCUGGAGUUGUGAGAUUGCAUGAUGUUGAUGGCAUUCAGAAGUACACGUUUUCAAGCAGUGACAAUGCUGGAGUUGAGGAAUCAGGUGAGUUUGCCCAACAUAAUAUCCAGCUUGUCGGCGCAGAAGUUGCUCUUUAUUGGAGGGUCAUUUGCAGGCACUUGCUGAUGGAAGCACAAGAAAAAGGCUCUGAUGCUGCAAAUGCAGUGGGCACUGAAGCGGCAUUAUAUGCAGCAGAAGCUUCAGACAGCAAUGAUUUGCUAGAGAGAAUUCUUCCCGUGACAAUCUCUGACUACAUAGACUUGGUCAGAGCUCAUAUUAAUGCUGGACCGAACUAUCGAUUCGCUUCUCGCCAGUUGCUGCUGCUUGGUGCAAUGCUUGAUUUUUCUGAUGCCACAAAUAGGAAGAUGGCCAGUGCUUUUGUGCGGGAGUUAUUGCUGAAACCUCUUGAGCAUGAGAUUGAUGAUGAAGGGAACAAAGUUGCCUUAGGUGAUUGCAUAAACCUUGGGGGAGACAGAGAAUGGGCUGAUGCAGUAUCUGCCCUUGCGAGGAAAGUUCAUUCAGCUUCUGGUGAGUUUGAGGAAGCUGUUCUUGAGGUUGUAGAGGAGCUCGCACAGCCAUGCAGGGAAAGAACUGCCGACUCUAUCCAGUGGAUGCAUUGCCUUUCUGUGACUGGCCUCCUUCUAGAAAGUGCCAAGUCAUUCGGUUCAGUUCGAAGCAAGGCUAUCAAACUUGAUGAUCUUCUUCAAUUCUUGUUGCUUCCUGGGGCAAAACAUGUACACUUGGAUGUGCAACGAGUUGCUAUUAGAUGUCUUGGUCUAUUGGGCUUGUUGGACAGGAAGCUGAGUAAAGAGCUAAUUGAUCAGUUGAGGCAAUCCUUUGUUGAUGGCCCUCCCCCGACUAGCAGAAUGGCUUCUACAGCGUUGAUUGAUCUACUGCUGUGGCAUGGACCAUGGGAGAUUGAAAGAGCUUCAGGAAAGAAUCCUGAUAUGCAGCUGCAAGAUAACCAGACAUCUGUGAAUUUCUCCGACGUGGAUGAAACAUCAAGUGUCGAAUUACUUCAUCUUUUAUAUGCUGGAUUUGACAGAGAUGACUGGAUUAUAUCUGUGCCAAGUGAUGAGAGCGAAUCGAUUCACGCUGUUCUUGGGGAAGGCUUUGCAAAGAUUCUUCUCUUAAGCAACAAAUAUCCAAGCAUUUCAGCUUCUACGCAUCAGUUAGUUAUGGUCAAACUUAUCUGCCUGUAUUUUAGUGAUCACACGAAGGAGCUGCAGAGGCUAAGACAAUGUCUGUCAGUGUUUUUCGAGCAUUAUCCGUCUCUUUCACCCAAACAUAAGGAGGUUGUAUCAAAGGCAUUUAUUCCAGCUGUGAAAUCAAUAUGGCCUGGAAUCAAUGGCAAUGCAGGAGGUUCGGCACACACGGUGUCUAUUAAGCGGAAACGUGCUGUCCAAGCGUCACGUUUUAUGCUGCAGAUGAUGCAGGCUCCUCUGUAUGCAAAGGAGACCAAGGCAGGGAAUGGCUACAAUACUAGAGAUUCUGCUGAAACUUAUGAUAAUUCUGAUGAAUCUUCAGUUGAGUGGGGGGAGGAAGGGCUCGGAAUCCGCAUAGCGACAGAGGUGGUUGGUUUCCCGGCAAAGAAGACUCCAGCUGAGAGGUCAUAUAUCUCAGCCCUUUCCAGAAUCCUUGUCCUGAUUAAAUUCCGACCAACAGAACAGCACGCAGUAAAGCUAAUGAGGAGGCUCUUGUUCUAUGUAAAUGAGGCCGUGUCAUCAGAGAAAGAUCUCUCGAAGGAGUUAAACCGCUUGGCGGAGCAUCUCAAGGCACUGGAUGAACAUCAUGAUCAAGAAUUCUCGCAAGAAGAAGCAAAUCAAAUCUUAAGGAGGUUAGAGAUCAGCUUCGAAUUGGAUGCAGGGGGUCCGAUGGCUGUGCCACAAACACCAGUUCCAGGAUCGGCCAGGCCCACCCGCAAGCGGAGACAAGCGAGGCGUGAAGAGUGGUCUUCUGACGAGGAACUGGCAGCCUCGCCCACCUCUGUAGCCACUGGUGUCCCUGCCACAGCGAGUGCCCGCUCACAGAGAGCAAGCAAGACCGCAGCACUUACGAGGAUGGCCAAGAGAGAGACCAACAUUGAUGAAGAGGACGAGAGUGAAGUUUCCGAUGUGACUUCUGAGGAGGAGUCAGAUGGAUCUGAAUAAUUUCAGGCGACGUGCGCAAGGUGGGGUUGUCUUGUUGUUAGUUGUGGGAGGGUUAUUGAUGGCAUCAGGGUUGGGAAUUUAAGGUAGCUGCGCAGAAGUAUGUAUGUAUGUUUAAGAAUAGAAUAGAAUAGAAUUUGUAGGGCGGGGUGGGUUCGGAUGUUUGAGCAUCGGCAUGCAUGCAUGCAUGUGCUAUUAUCCUGAGAUGGGGGAGGGGCAAGACAGAUUGUGUCAGUGAAUCAUAUAACUCACAUCGAGUAGCAGUCUUUUGAGUUGUCGUGGUCCCCGAAGCAUAUAAAACGACGGCGUGUCAUAGUAGUAGGUAUCCGUUUAUUUGUAUAUGCUAUUAUUAUUAGUAAUUGUAGUGUGUUAAAAUGGUGAGGUGAGCCUAGCUAGCCAUACUCGAGUUAAGCAAAAAAACAAAGAUGAUAUGGGAGUUAAUAUUAUUCUAUUGUGUUCUACUCUAUCCUAUCAUUAUAUGGUAUUGUAUUAAAA